AUGGAUCUCGCAGUGACAUUGAUCAAGGCCGUGAUGCGGGCGUUCUACUCGACGCGAGACAUCCUCGUCGUGGACGCACUGAUUCUACAUGAAGCUCUUCGCGAUGACGACCUUGCCUACUUGAUGGCCAUCAACACCAAGGACUUGCACAAGAUUUGCGGAAAGCUUAGAGAGGACCGUUUCUUGACAGUUCACACGAGAUCAGAACUGCGACCGGGCAACCCGCGACCGAGCAAUCGCACAUGGUACUACAUUAACUACCGACACACCAUUGACGCCAUCAAAUGGCGAGUGUACAACAUCGACAAGGAGGUCCAGGGAACCACGGUGCCGGUCAACGAGAAGAAGGAGUACUUUUGCUCCUUCUGCAAGGCGGAAUGGACGGCGAUGGAGGUCCUGGACAGCGUUGGGCCAGAGGGCUUCCUCUGCCAUCGGUGCCGCCGGCCGUUGUCGUUUGAGGCGGAUAGGAAUGCUGGCGGACACGAGCAGUCGACCCGACUGAACGACCAGUUCAAGUUUAUCAGCGAGCUGCUGCCCAAGAUUGAUGCGGCGCAUAUCCCGGAAUGCGACUUUGAUCGCGCCUUGUCCAAGGCCCGGCCAGUGGUCCGCGAUGCUACGCAUCAGCGCGCAGCUACGAUACCCGUCGACGACGGCUCAUCGCGUCCCAUGGCAGUGCGAGGACUGGCCAACGUGGGGCCACAGUCCAUUGCGGUCAACAUCUCUACGUCAGACGGGCCAUCAGAGGCCGAGAAGGAGGCCGAACGACUUCGCAAGGAAAAGAUUGCGCAGCAGAACGCGCUGCCGUCGUGGAUGUCCAACAGUACCAUUACAGGAGAGUCGUUUUCUGCAACGGCAGAGGCCGGCUCCUUGGGGCUGAGCAAGGAGGCUGCUGGAGGCGAGUCCAAGAGUAACUUGGUGGACAACAGUGCUACCACGCAGAUUGAUGACAUUUUCGAAAAGAUCAAGGCAGAGCAGGCGGCCAUGCUGGCGCGAGAAGCAGAUGCGGAAGACGAAGAAGAAGAGGAAGAAUACGAGGAGGAGGAGGAGGAAGAUGACGAGUUUGAGGAUGUCAUGGCGACGGGCGAUGCAUCACGGGGCGAGGACAGCUCGGACGACAGGGCGAACAAGCGGGUCAAGGUUGAGGAGACUGGGGCUGCCAAGGCCGACAGCGGCAACGAGGACGAGGAGGACGAGGAUGAGCUGGAGUUUGAGGAUGUUUGA